GAUGAAUCUCCAACAACUAAUAUUAUAUGGUUUGAGUUAAUGUUAAAAAUAUACAGUAAAACCUAAAACUUGAGAAGAAGAUAAAAGAAAAGAAAAAAAGAGUUGUUAUAUUAUUGUACGAUUAGAAGCCAAUGGCACAAUUUGAGAUUGUACGCGUGGACUCCCCCAAGCGCAGCCAAAUUCUUGAUGUCUCUCUAACUCGAAAGGUGGCAGCAGAAUUUGUGGGGACGUUCAUCUUGAUAUUUGGUGCAACAGCUGCACCCAUCGUCAACCAAAAGUACAACUCCCCCAUGUCACUGAUUGGAAACGCCGCAUGUUCUGGCAUAGCUGUGAUGAUCGUAAUUUUCUCAAUAGGACACAUCUCUGGUGCCCACCUGAAUCCGUCACUCACCAUCGCCUUGGCCACCCUCCGCCACUUCCCUUUGGCCCAUGUCCCCGCCUACAUCACCGCCCAGGUCUCUGCUUCCAUCUGUGCCUCCUUCGCUCUUAAGGGCGUUUUUCACCCUUUCAUGUCUGGUGGUGUCACGGUCCCGUCCAUUGGUACCGCUCAAGCCUUUGCUCUUGAAUUCCUCAUCACCUUCAAUCUCUUGUUUGUCGUCACCAGUGUUGCUACAGAUACUCGAGCUGUUAGAGAGUUGGCCGGAAUUGCAGUUGGAGCUACAGUGAUGCUCAACAUUCUUAUUGCAGGGCCAUCCACUGGUGGUUCCAUGAACCCAGUGAGGACCUUAGGCCCUGCAGUGGCUGCUGGAAAUUACAGAGAACUGUGGAUAUACUUGGUGGCUCCUACACUUGGGGCCAUCGUUGGUGCCGGAACCUACACCGCCGUAAAGCACAAAGAUGAUGGAAUUGAUGUUCUGCCGGAGGAGAGGAGUUUCCAUCAGUGAUAAUGAUAGUGGUCGUUGCUAUAUGUUUCUGUUUUAAUGUCCAGAGUACACGACCUUUUACUUUCAUGUCAAAUUAAUUUAUUGAUUAAUUAAAAAGCUUAAUUGACGAUCGAAAGUAAUUUAAUAUCAUUAUAUUAUUAAAUGUAUGAACUUUCUUCGU